AUGCCCACCCACAACCUUCCCCCCGACGCCUUCCAAACCUUCAGCGCCUCGACCCCCAUAACCCCCGCCCUCUUCGCCACCGCCCUCCGCGACCUUCCCCUCGAAACCCUCUACGCCAGAGCGGCCGAGCUCCAAAACUCCAUCUCGCACCUCCUCUCCUCCAACAUCCAGAUGAAACCCUUUGCGGACGCGGGCGACGCGGAUUGCGUGGACGCGAUUCGCGAGAAUGAUGAGGUCGUGAGGAGGUUUGAGGAGCGGGUGGGGUUGUGUAGGGAGGAGGCGGAGCGGAGGGGGUUGGGGUGGAGUUUGCAUGGGGCGGAUGAGGAGGGGGUGACGAAUGGGGAGGGGGUUAAUGGGAGUGGGAGUGGGAAUGGGAGUGGGAGGUUGAGUGAUGAGGAGUUGAGGAGAAGGUUGGAGGCGCAGAUGGUCCAGGAAGAGGAGGGGGAAGAGGAGGAUGGGGUGUAUUUGUGA